AUGGGCCCUUGCACGUUUAAAGCAUGUCCCGAUGGGACAAAGAUGUGGCUGCUCGAUCUCGGCACCAUCGAUAUUGACGCCAACUUUGUGCUCGCUGGUGGGCAUCAAAACUUCGGUACGGCCAGCAAUCCCAACCCUAAGCACAAGCGGAUCGAUUUGAUUAUCUACGCCGUUCUCAUAAAGCAUCCCACAGCCGGAUUGAUUCUUUACGAGACCGGCUGUCAUGACGACAUGGAAAAGCACUGGGGGCCGAUGUACGACGUUUCGCCCCGGAAACAUUAUGUGACCAAGAAUCGUCUCGACGAGCAAAUUGCCGCAACAGGGAAUUCGAUCAAGGACGUUAAGGCCGUUCUGAUGGGCCACCUGCAUGCCGACCACUCAGGAGGCUUGAUGCAUUUCAUCGAUACAAAUGUGCCCAUCUACGUGCACGAUUUGGAAUUGCGCAAUGCACUCUGGUGUUUGUAUACAAAGGCACGAGCGGAUGCUGGUCCGUAUCAAGCAUCCUACCUUUCCCCCCGGCUGAACUGGCACACAUUCGAUGACCGUGUCACUGAACUCUUUAGUGGCAUAACAAUGCAUCUGUGUCCCGGGCAUACUCCUGGCCUGUGUUGUCUUCAGGUCGACCUUGCAGAGAGUGGAACUUUCCUGUUUACAGGUGAUCAGUUCCAUGUAAAAGAAAAUUACACCCUAAAAAUUCCUCAAGGGCUGCUUGGCCGCGACAAGAACGCGUGGUUCGUUUCCACCAGGUAUAUCGAGCGACUCGAAUCACUCAUUGGGGCAAAGCUUGUUUAUGGCCACGACGUGGAAUGCUUCCGUGCCUUGAAACAGUCUCCGGAAUUUUAUCAGUAA